AUGGCUGCUAAGUUUUGUAUUAAAACUACAUCAUCAUUAUUCCUAGUUCUGUGUUUAACUGUGAUCCUGUUUUUCAGUUUGUCAUGCUUUUCCGCUGAUCCGGACCCGCUCCAAGAUUUUUGUGUUGCUGACUUGAACUCCACAAUCAAAAUCAAUGGGUACCCUUGCAAGCCGGAGUCUGAAGUCAGAUCAGAUGAUUUCUUCUUUAGUGGCUUGAUGAAUGGAGCAAGCACAGCGAAUCCCUUUGGGAUUGGAAUACAACUGGGUGAUGUGACCACCUUCCCCGCGUUAAACACCCAAGGACUUACCGUUAACCGAAUCGACCUUGAACCUGGUGGAAUCAUUCCACUUCACACACAUCCUCGAGCUAGUGAAGCUAAUUUUAUCAUGGAAGGGAAAGUCUAUUUCGGGUUUGUAACUACUACUGAUGUUUUGUACUCCAAGGUUAUGAAGGCUAAAGAGUUUUUUAUUGUUCCUAGAGGGCUUGUGCACUUUGCAGAGAACGUUGGACGGCGGAAGGCUAUUGUCUUGGCUAUUUUGAAUAGUCAAAAGUUCGGAUUUUCAACACUUCCUCUUAACCUCUUUGCUUCUAACCCAGCAAUUCCUAAUGAUGUUUUAGCUAAGAACUUCCUAGUCGAUGACAAGGUCAUCGCUAUCAUAAAGUCUAAGUUUCGCAACGAAACUAAAUAG